AGAAAGGUCGUGGCCGAUUGGCUGCAGCUGGUAUAUGAGACGGAGUUGCCGGAAAGAGUCCUGCAGAGAGUGUGUGGGAAGCUCCAGCCAUUGUACGCCUGAACAGCAGAGGCAUGGUAGUGAUCGGUCUCUUGCUGGUAUUACUAUCACUCGCGAAGUCAUCUGUGGUGUGCGCGUGCAUGUGAUUGCGUGGAGGAGUGUGCUUCCAGGCAACAGUGGUCACUCAUUCACUCGCUAGCGCCAAGCCUUGCGCGAGAGGUGUGGGCACCAAGUUUUCCAAUCUUCUUUCAACAACUCCCUCUGCAAGACACACUCUUCGCGGGCAAGACCAAAACACCGAAAGCUGUGGGACCGCAAGAGUAUCUGCGAGACAGAAGAAAUCGACGAGCAUCUACCAAAACUGCGGCGCAAGCAGCCAUGCCUAUUACAAGGGCUGGCACCGCGGCGACUGUCGACAAAACAGAAAAUCUGCAGGCUCGCGCGCACCCAAAUGACCUGGAAUCAAAUCCAGGUCGAGGACGACAGCGAGGACGAGGCCGAGUGCGUGGCGGAAACAAAGGCAGAGGCGGAGGUGGCACCAAGCGCCAGAAUUCUCCAUCUCCUGUGCAGCCAGCACAGAAGAGACAGUGCAAGGACAACGCGCCAGCCAUGGUGCCUGGAGUGCACAAAUCCAGCGACGACGGAGGUCUCGCUCUUGGAGGCCAUGAAGCCCAGGCUGGCAAGCAGGAGAACGCGGCAGUCCCGAACAGUGGAGGAAGUGACCAGCGGUCCGAAGGCUCGGAGUUGGUCAUGCUGCCGCUCAAAUCCACCGCUGCGCAACGAGCAAAGGCGCUGAAAAAUGCGCAAGAUAGGCACACAGCUCGUCAAGCCAUCGUCAACUGCGCGAGAAACCUCCCUGCCAUUUUCGAAGAAGACAACGAGGACGGUGGCAUCGAAGUCAACGGCGGUGGAAAUAGCAUCCACGAGUCCGAGCGCGGAGAUGUGAGGCCAGCGCAGCAAAACCAAGACGACGCGCUUCUCUCGGUGGCGUCAGAUUCCCAGAAGGAAAAGCAAGAGCCCUCUCCAUCAGUUGGCCGAACUGCGAAAUGGGUUCAUUCAGGUCUCCAGAGAACAAGAGCUUCGAUCGAAGCUGAGAUGAGCCGCAUUCGAGCUACGAGCACCUUCAUCAUGGAGCAGGAAAAGAAGUUGGAUGAGCUUACUGCCCAGUUGGAGGAUCUUGGGACUCUUGUCGUUGAAACCAUUGAAUAGGCAAGAGAACUUGAAACAGAGGAGGGGGUUGCAUGGUGCGAAAAGACUGUUUCCAGCUUUUCGCAGCUGUAAUAAAAGACCGCACUAGGUAACAGAGGCAAGGCAGACAUAAUUGAAACGAGUGAAGCCUCAAUUUUCCAGCGACUCUCUACCCGCCUUUAAGUAGCCACUCCAAUUCGAACAAAC